AUGGCAGCAGCAAAGACACAGUCCCUCUAUUCUUCACUCCAACUCACCCACAAUGUUACCAAGACGUCUUCUGGCUCAGAGGUCCAUAGCUACAGUUCUGACCUGGGCCCGGACUCUCCUAUCCUGACUCUAAUCCAUGGCUAUCCUCAGUCUGCUUAUGAAUGGCGUCAUGUCGUCCCUCUUCUCCGAGGCAAGGUCUCCUUGUUCGUGCCUGAACUUCCAGGGUAUGGCGUCUCAACGCCGAUCCGCGACCCGGCGUCCAACACCAAGCGCGCCGUUGGCACCGCGUUACUGGAAGCCGUCGCCGACGUUUUCAAGACCAAAUCGGCCUCUUCUCCCAGAACGGUCAUCCUAGGCGGCCACGAUCGCGGAGCGCGAAUUUGUCACCGCCUCUCAGUCGACUUUUCCCACCCACCGCCCCACCAGCUCUCACCCGGAUCCCUCUACAAAGACUUGAAUGUGACAGUCCCGGGAACAAUCCUUCUCGACAUCAUUCCGACCAAGGAACAGUGGACUGCCUUUUCCGACCCGGCAAUAUCCCAGGGAUACUUUCACUGGCCACUCCUGGCAAAUGCGGACCUGGCGACCGAGAUGAUCUCCGCGUUCGGUGGCGCCAACUGGGCCAAGGGAGCACACACACGCAUCUCCGGCCCGAACCCGAAAGCACUCGAAAGAAUCAAGUCCCAUGACGCCCUCGACGUUUACGCGGCUCUAUUCAGUGACAGAGAGACCAUCUACUAUACCUGUCUGGACUACGCCGCCGGCGCCGCCCCGGAGGCAACGGAGCAAGACGAGGACCAGAAGGCCGGCAGGAAAGUCGGCGUGCCCCUGCUCGUCAUGUUCAGUAAAGCUAAAUUAGGAGCGCGGAUUGACGUCGAGAGCCUGUGGAAAGGCUGGGUCGCGGAAGGAGUCGACUAUGAAGGAUACGGCGUGGGAGACGGUUGUGGCCACUAUUUACCCGAGGAGGCCUUCGACGUUGUAGCUGAGAAGAUCUCGGCUUUUAUUAAAAAGGUGACAUGA